UUUCCGCAUAUAAAGCCGCAUGAGAUAACGACUCUCCAAGCAACCCAUUGUUCUUCACUUGUUGCUUACACCUACCUCUCCGGGGAGAAAACCAAUGGCAGUGGCAGUAACACGACGAGAGAGGUGGACGGUUGAAAUGGCAGCGUUGGUGGUGGUUGGGCUGCUAGCUAUGGCGUCACCCACUAUGCAACUUAGUGUGAAAAAACCUCUGCGAGGAACUGUUCAAAAGUCCAGUGAAGAACCACGAUCUAUAGGUUUAAUUGUAACUGAAAUUUGCUGUGAGAAGGCACUUAAUGAGUCUGGCAUCUUCCAUGUUAAUUCAUCUGUUGAAUUGUUGGGAAGAACAUUCGUGCUUGGAACGAUUCAAGGAGCUCAUAUAGUCUACGUAAGAAGUGCUAGCAGACCAGCGGCAAACGUGGGCAUAACAUUGCAAAUCAUGGCUGAUAACUUUAAUCUUGGAGGAGUUAUCCUUCUUGGGUAUGGCCAAGCCCUUAACGAUUCAUUGAGCGUCGGCAGUGUUGUUAUACCCAAAUGGAUUGCCGCCACUGGAGUUUGGAUAUGGCAGCCAUUCUAUGCAGAAGAGGAAGAUGAAGGUCAGCUCAAGUUCACGGAAUUCAAUUAUCCAGAGGGGGGAGCCAAUUUGCUUGGAAGUGUAGAGUAUGAAAAAUCACAGAUUUACGUUAAUGGGAAAGUAAAAGAAACUUUUUGGACUCCUGCAAUAAUUUCUCUAGAAUGGCUCCGUGCUGCAUAUAAGACUUCGGUAGAGUCAGUUGAAGUUGUUCAUGGAUUGAAGCUCGCCAGCGCAGAUAUGCAGUUGAACAAUGAAGCAUACAAAAAGUUCCUUUACAAAACUUUUGGGGCCUCAACGGCGGAUACAAGUAGCUUUGCUGGGUUAUUGGGAGCUUAUACAAAUAAUCUGCGAUUUCUUGUGGUGCGUGGAGUUAGUGGCGGAGAAAAUGAAACGGAUAUGGUUGCUGCAAAUGCAGUGAAAGUCUUGGACCGCUUCAUUUUUCUGAUUAGUGUUCCUCGUGCUUCUUCUUAAUUCUGAUGAUCAUCACUCAAAAAUAAGAAAUAAGCUUGUCCUUACUAAUAAAUAAGCUCGUCAAUGGCGUCUACGUACUCAUUUGGAUUUUAUAAUGAUCUGCUGCUAUAAAUAAAUAAAUAAGUAAUUAUUACGUGCUGAAA